CCCUCAAACAUGAAUGAGCCGUCCCUGCUUUGGCGAGAGGUCGCUUGGCAGCCAAUCGAAUCGCGAGUUCUACCACGAGGACACCGUUCCCGGAGUCAGGUGUUUUAAGAAUUUUUGUUGUAAAUACUGUGUAGCAAAGACAUUCUUUGAGGCUUAUUGUGUUCAUAAUGGCCGCUUAAGUUUAUAUGAGUGAAUUUCUAGUGCGUAUUUCGUUGUUUAAAGUGGAUUGAUCCAUUCUGUGACGAUUAACUAUACACGUAUUGAAGCCUAGACACCUAGAGUUGGUGUAUCAAUGCAAGAGAUAACUACAGACGUGCAAAACAAUUCUUUAUCGAGCAGACCCCGAGCAGGGGGGAAAAUGACCACGCGAAAAGGCCCAGGUAAGGGAAUUUUGUUUACGUGAAGUAAAACUUGAGUUGCAUGGCUUGGUAACGAGAUGGAAUCCACAGCAGACCCCAGCCACGCCCGCCGGGCAUAGACUUGGUGAUAGGUAAGCAAACCGUGACAGGUGGCGAUGUCGGGAAUCCGUGCCAACGACCUAGUUUGUCUCGUGGGCACAUGGCAAUCGUCGGGGUGUAAGGUCAGUACGUCUGUACAAGUAAGUUCAUGCAGUUUAUUCGGGCCAGAAAAGAAAAACAAAACAUGUUUGUAUUUUUUUUUAAAGUGCCUUGUACAACUUUUUCUUAAAAGAUGGUCAUAAAUUUCACUGGUAUUAGAAACCAAUCUGAAGUAUCUAGAUGAUUCAUAGUCUAUAGUACAAUUUAACUUUGUUUCGUGCACAAAUAACUUUUUUGUCUUAGAGUUAAGAGACACGAUUGUCAACUUAAGACUUUGAGUGGGCGUAUCACGAAACUUGCCACUCCUUCCAAAUAAUCUGCUGGGGAAUUUACACUUCAAUUGUUGAACGAUAAAUGCUUUAGGCUGGUUUGGGAAAGUAGUAUAAAUAAAAUUAAACGGAUAAAUUAAAAUUAUGGCUAAAAAUAAAAAUUAGGAAUAUGCGUACGUACUUACGCUUAAAGCUUGCCUGUGCAGGGUUGGAAUAGAACUUGUAUUUGUAUACAUUACAUUAGCUUUGAUUGGAUUGCAGGACGUCGAUACUAUCAAUUAAUCGUGCAGUGUGCAGUGCCAGUAAAUAUGUUUGGCCCCAGCCACCAUUGACUGGGCAGAGAUGUGAGUGUUGGCUGGACAGAGUUAUGAGAGUUGGCUGAUUCUGGGGUAUCCUGUAGGUGAAAUUCGGUAGCAAAAUUAAAAUUCCAGUCCAACGGUUCUUAACACAGCGGCAUCUGUUGUCCCUAGGCUUCAUUAUUCUCAUAGCACAUAAUUAGUCAAGAUGACUGCAUCAACCUGACAAUCUCCUUACGGUCAAAUUAAGUCGAAUGAUUUAAGGACACUUGGGUCAUUGUUACACGGGAAUGAUCAUCUAAUGAGAACUCCUUGCAGGUACGCACACACACACACAAAGGUAGUACAGAUAAAGGUCCUUUCCCUUUAAUGUUGGGGCCCCAUAAUAUCUUACUCAAAAUGUGUGUUGUUUUUCUAUAGUAGUUCGUAAGAUGUAAUCAUGUAGUAGUAGGUAUAUGUCUUAUUUAUUGUGCAACGCCAUUGCUGUGGUAGUUCGUUGACCUGCUCCUUCUGCAGUUUUUGCAUUGUUAGGUCCAUGGUACGUUGAGUGGAAACUUACAGUUCCAGUGUUUCCCCUAUCAAUUGACGCCCUAAUCACUUGGAGGAAACUUCACGGGGUGCACCAUCAAGUGGACUCCCUCUGAUCUUGGAAACUCUUGUGUGGUGUCCCCUCCAAAGAACGCCUUCAGCACUCGGAAGCUAUGUGUGGUGUCUUCCCCCCCCCCUUUUCUCUUGACCCCGUCACCACUUGCUCGAUGGCUAAUGCAGUCUUGGCACCUAUCUCGAUACAGCUGUUCACGUGUUUUAACGAAUAUAUAUAUAUAUAUAUAUCUUCCAGAGCUAUGUGUGGUGUCUUCCCCCCCCCCCUUUUCUCUUGACCCCGUCACCACUUGCUCGAUGGCUAAUGCAGUCUUGGCACCUAUCUCGAUACAGCUGUUCACGUGUUUUAACGAAUAUAUAUAUAUAUAUAUAUCUUCCAGCUCAGCAUCCAAACACUUUCCCACAGUUUUCUUCAUUUAGCAUCCCCAGCUAUCUAUACUAAACUUUAUGUGCCACCCACACACUAGCCUUACCCAACUAUAUGUUAAACUAAGUGCACACACAUGCCUUAUCAACCAACCAUAUUCUAAACUAAGUGCACACACAUGCUUUACCAAACAACCAUAUAUUAAACUAAGUGCGCACACAUGCUUUACCAAACAACCAUAUACUAAACUAAGUGCGCACGCAUGCUUUAAUAACUGAGUGCACCCACAUGCUUUACCAACCAACCAUAUGCUAAACUGAGUGCACACACAUGCUUUACCAACCAACCAUAUGCUAAACUGAGUGCACACACAUGCUUUACCAACCAACGAUAUACUAAACUAAGUGCACACACAUGCUUUACCAAAAACCAUGUACUAAACUAAGUGCACACACAUGCCUUACCCAACUAUAUGUUAAACUAAGUGCACACAGAUGCCUUAACCAACUAUAUGUUAAACUAAGUGCACACAGAUGCCUUACCCAACUAUAUGUUAAACUAAGUGCACACACAUGCCUUACCCAACUAUAUGUUAAACUAAGUGCACACACAUGCCUUACCCAACUAUAUGUUAAACUAAGUGCACACAGAUGCCUUACCCAACUAUAUGUUAAACUAAGUGCACACACAUGCUUUUCCUACCAAACAUAUACUAAACGAAGGGCACCCACACACAUUAUGCCUUACCUAACCUAAACUAAGUGCACACAUCCACAAAUAUCUAUAGAAGAGGGGAGGCGUAGUAGAGCCUGCAGAUUAAAGCGUUAACCGCUGUCUCACAACCCGGCGACAAGAAGUUGGCGUACUUUCUCUGGUCAAAUAAAGACAACCAGCCUCUGUUUAAUUGUUUACAGAUUUGAUGGUAAAAAUGUAUCGAGAGUUCUCACGGUCAUGCUGAUACUUGCAGCGCGAAAUGUCCAGUGGCGCGAGAUGUCCAAUGGCGCGAGAUGUCCAGUGGCCCGAGAUGUCCAGUAGCGCGAGAUGUCCAAUGGCGCAAAAUGUCAAAUGGCGCAAGAUGUCCAAUGACGGCUUGUGGUUUGCCUGGAGACUAUAAUUAUUAUAAUACACUAAGUUAUAACUCGUCAAACAUUGGCGAAAGCAAUGCGUGAACUUCCCAUCCAUCUACUAAAGUUACUUGACAUGAACUCACACAUUUAAGAGUCCCAAUUAUUGCUUCCCCCCCCCUUUUUUUUCCCCAUGACACUUUUUACUUCACGCCCAUGAACUAUAUGAAUAUUCUGAUUCCCAACCACUUUUAAACCGAAUAUUUACUAAACCAUAUUUAAAUUGAGACGCUUUCAUUUUCCGAAAAGAAAAAUAAAUCGUACACACCAAAAGCAGUUGCGUUAUUUUAAACAAAAAAAUCAUUUAGUGUAGUUAUUUGGAAUUAUAUUUUGCGCGCUAUCCGGAAAUGGAUGGAGUCACACCACAAGCAAAAUAUAUGUAUAAGAGAUAAUACAAUGCAUUGUUUACAUAAGAUACAAUGAUCCAUACUAUUUAAUACGGGGCAAUGUUUCCGUAACAACUAAUGAUUCCUUUGUACUCACUUAUACACAUGAACACAAAUGAUUAAUGAUAAUCUUUUAAAAUAGCUUUUGCAUGAUCUGUUAAGCGCGGUUAAACAUACAUGAGUAAUAUGCUAUUAAUAGAUUUUAUUGCAUGGCAUCGCCUAGAUUGGCUACCGAUUUGUUCUGCAAGUUACCACCAUUUGAACCUCUCUCUCUCUCUCCCUCUCUCUCUCUCUCUCUCUCUCUCUCUCUCUCUCUCUCUCUCACACACUCUCUCUCUCUCUUUCUCUCUGUAUAUAUAUAUAUAUAUAUAUAUAUAUAUAUAUAUAUAUAUAUNAUUUAAAAAACAUUUUUUUUUUUUAAUAUUUCAAAUAGAGCGCUGAAGUUUGUUAUUUUCCCUUAAAAACAUUUGUGGAAAUGAUGCAAUUGUUUCACUAUAAUCGAAAUCUCACUACAGAUACAAACAAGCAUUAUUAUAAAGUGAGUUGAGAAUUCACCUAGUUUUGAAAGAUUAAAAUUUCCCCUUCCUUUAGACUACCAUAGAUUAACCUGAUUAACGCAUUUAAAUAUAGCAACGUUUCAAGACGUACUUCACACACACAUUCAUCGCUUGUGCUUAAUAGAGUGUGGUUUUUAACGGUGGUAGUGGGGGAUUUGGGAGGGGGGGGUGAGCGUCUUGUUAGCAUUGGCACUUAACGUUUGAUGUUAGCAGUAGCUUCAACACUUAUGAUUGGCCAGUUGUCCUUGCAGGUCAGUGUUUCUCAACCUUUUUAUGUAGCUGAUGACCCAAUUUAACGUCGGCCCUCUUCCCUUUAAUUAAAUGUUACUUGUUACGUUACCCAUAAGAAAUAAAUGAUUUAUUUAAUUAGUGUUUUUUAAUCUGCUACAAUUACACGUAUGAAUGAAGGUCCAUGUUUUUUUAUGAAAUCUGGUCGCUUGUUGGCAAUAUCGUCGUGUACCCAGAAUUCUCUUAGCUGGUUGUAAUUUAAGUUUGAGACCGAAGGGCACAUGCCCAAAUGGCCACUGGAUCUGAGGGAUGGUAAUGCUUCGUUUAGUUUGAGACCGAAGGGCACUUGUCCUAAUGGCCACUGGAUCUGAUGGAUGAAAAUGAUUCGUUUAGCUUGACAACCACCAAAGGGCACUUGCCCAAAUGGCCACUGAUUCUGAGUGAAGGUAAUGAUACGUUUAGUUUGAGACCAAAGGGCACAUGCCCAUAUGGCCACUGGGCCUGAGUGAUGGUAAUGACAUUUUAGCGUAAGCUCUUUUAUUAAACCCUUUGCCGGACAAUGACAGGUUCUUGUAAUGUCACAUGCCUCGCCACUUUGUACAUGGCAUGGAGAAUGUCUGUGAGUGUGAUUGACAGUCAACACCAGUUGUUGUUGUUUUUUUAUCAAAACAUCCUUUUCCUAUCCCUCACCUUUGUUGAAAGUCAUAACCAGUUGUUGUUUCCAGUAAUUUCCGUUCUCUCCCCUUUGUUGACAGUCGUCAACACAAGUUGUUCUAUAUCAAUACAUCCUUUUCCCAUCUCAAUCUCACACCUUUGAUUUCGAUACCAAAAAAGCAACACUUUACACCAUAGGAACGACUAUUUCACUUUAUAAACUACGUAAUAAGGAAUAUAAUUAAUUUUAAUAUAUUCAUUGAUAUACAGCCUACCCACGGUGUUGAUAAUGCUUAAUUAAGUGUAUGCAUGUUUCAAAGUUCAGGACGGGUCAUCCUUCCCUAAAAAUCGUGAUGUAAAUUGUCUAUUUUUAAAAGCCACCCUUUACAGAUUUCGUCAUCCGCUUGCAAUGACGUCUUUAGGGUCAGUUUGACCUUCACGUCACGCUAGCGCUGGAUCAAAGUUUUAAAAGAAAGUAAUACAUGCAUGUAUAUUUUUUUAUGUGGCUUGUUCGUGCGCAGCAUCGUGGAAAUUGUGGGCUAUUUGAUAUGAACGAAAAUGUUCAUGGCAAUUUUAGGCUAUUUGAUAUGAACGAAAAUGUUCAUGGAAAUUGUGGGCUAUUUGAUAUGAACGAAAAUGUUCAUGGAAAUUUUGGGCUAUUUGAUAUGAACGAAAAUGUUCAUGGAAAUUGUAGGCUAUUUGAUAUGAACGAAAAUGUUCAUGGCAAUUUUAGGCUAUUUGAUAUGAACGAAAAUGUUCAUGGAAAUUGUAGGCUAUUUGAUAUGAACGAAAAUGUUCAUGGCAAUUUUAGGCUAUUUGAUAUGAACGAAAAUGUUCAUGGAAAUUGUGGGCUAUUUGAUAUGAACGAAAAUGUUCAUGGAAAUUGUGGGCUAUUUGAUAUGAACGAAAAUGUUCAUGGCAAUUUUAGGCUAUUUGAUAUGAACGAAAAUGUUCAUGGAAAUUUUGGGCUAUUUGAUAUGAACGAAAAUGUUCAUGGAAAUUGUAGGCUAUUUGAUAUGAACGAAAAUGUUCAUGGCAAUUUUAGGCUAUUUGAUAUGAACGAAAAUGUUCAUGGAAAUUGUAGGCUAUUUGAUAUGAACGAAAAUGUUCAUGGCAAUUUUAGGCUAUUUGAUAUGAACGAAAAUGUUCAUGGAAAUUGUGGGCUAUUUGAUAUGAACGAAAAUGUUCAUGGAAAUUGUGGGCUAUUUGAUAUGAACGAAAAUGUUCAUGGCAAUUUUAGGCUAUUUGAUAUGAACGAAAAUGUUCAUGGAAAUUGUGGGCUAUUUGAUAUGAACGAAAAUGUUCAUGGAAAUUGUGGGCUAUUUGAUAUGAACGAAAAUGUUCAUGGCAAUUUUAGGCUAUUUGAUAUGAACGAAAAUGUUCAUGGAAAUUGUAGGCUAUUUGAUAUGAACGAAAAUGUUCAUGGAAAUUGUGGGCUAUUUGAUAUGAACGAAAAUGUUCAUGGAAAUUGUAGGCUAUUUGAAAUAAACGAAAAUGUUCAUGGCAAUUUUAGGCUAUUUGAUAUGAACGAAAAUGUUCAUGGAAAUUGUGGGCUAUUUGAUAUGAACGAAAAUGUUCAUGGCAAUUUUAGGCUAUUUGAUAUGAACGAAAAUGUUCAUGGAAAUUGUGGGCUAUUUGAUAUGAACGAAAAUGUUCAUGGAAAUUGUGGGCUAUUUGAUAUGAACGAAAAUGUUCAUGGCAAUUUUAGGCUAUUUGAUAUGAACGAAAAUGUUCAUGGAAAUUGUGGGCUAUUUGAUAUGAACGAAAAUGUUCAUGGAAAUUGUGGGCUAUUUGAUAUGAACGAAAAUGUUCAUGGCAAUUUUAGGCUAUUUGAUAUGAACGAAAAUGUUCAUGGAAAUUGUGGGCGAUUUGAUAUGAACGAAAAUGUUCAUGGAAAUUUUGGGCUAUUUGAAAUAAACGAAAAUGUUCAUGGAAAUUGUAGGCUAUUUGAAAUGAAAGAAAAUGUUCAAGGAAAUUGUAGGCUAUUUGAAAUAAACGAAAAUCUUCAUGGAAAUUGUGGGCUAUUUGAACUAAAUGAAAAUGUUCAUGGAAAUUGUAGGCUAUUUGAAAUGAAAGAAAAUGUUCAUCAAGUUGUAGGCUAUUUGAGAUAAAUGAAAAUGUUCAAGACAAUUUUAGGCUGUUCGAAAUUAACCAAAAUGUUCCACCCAGUAAUACAAGUUUCUUCCGCAUGUAAAAGUCCUGUGGUGUGGGGGGGGGGGGUUGGCAUUGGGGCGCAUUUUGCCCUGUUUAUCUGUGAAACAUAGAUCAGUUGUUUUAAGUAUUGGAUCUAUCAACAUAUCUUUGUACAUCAUGAUUCAUAAAUUUGUCAGAAUAUGGUGCGCGCCCAUCUGAUGUAUCUGCCAAAGAGGGGUUUUGAUAAUACAUCCUAUUGGACUUAAUUCCACGAAGACUCAAGUUGCAUCAAUAACAAUUUAUAUUUAUUUAAAAUUUAAAAACAGCAACACUUUAUACAAAUUCCUCCCAUGACAAAGUGCCGGGACUUCAAAACAUCGUCACUAGACUUUGACUUUGUAACUGUUCAAGUUAUAAUUUGACCUGAUUUUGAAAUGCUUUAGUGACCAUUCAAGUAGUACUUGACUCGCGCGUAUGAAAUGCUUGCGAGACUUCCAUGAAUGAAACUAUUACUUGUGAGUUUAAAUACAAACACAUCGGGAGCUGUAUAAAUGGGACGAUGCACCAACUUCAUUUUUUGUUAUAUGUUGUAUUGCUGGAAGACGUGCAUAACAAUUUUAAAAAAUCAAUUUAAUAAAAUAUAUGAUAUCGAUUUAAUUGUUAUGUUAAAUGUAAGGUCAACUAAUAUGUAUAUGAUGAACGUGAUCAUUUAUUUCCAUUUUAAAAAAGCUUAAUAUUUGAACGUGUAAACCUUCUUUGACCUAUUGUUACAGUAACUGUCGGUAUUUGAUAUUGAUAGGAAUCAAGUUUAUCACAGGGCUGUCUUAUCACAGAGUUGUCUUAUCACAGGGAUGUCCUACCACAGAGUUGUCUUACCACAGAGUUGUCUUACCACAGAGUUGUCUUACCACAGAGUUGUCUUACCACAGAGUUGUCUUACCAAAUUUGAUGUAGUUGGGCGGCGGGAUUCUAGUUAGUGCUUUAAAAUUGUUCAGAAAUAUCGGAUCUCGAAUACAAUUGAACUUAAAUGGGAGCGUCUCUGUGUUUAAGUUACAUGUAUACCAGCUAUAUAAAUAUUCAGUUCAAUACAAUACUUCACAUACUACGUUCCACAAAUAAAUUUGUUACUAAAUCAUAUUUUAUUUAUAUACGAACGUUUCUGACAUCCAUUCGUUUUUUAUGUCAAAGAAUCAAUACCUAAAGUGAAAGUUUAGAACUUAACUAUAGAACUUAUAAACUUUGGAACUCCAAAAACCCUAGAACUCAGCUAUAUUAUAAACUAUGGAAAUCCAAAAACCCUAGAACUCAGCUAUAUUAUAAACUUUGGAACUAAAAACCCUAGAAUUCAGCUAUAUUAUAAACUUGGAACUCCAAAAACCCUAGAACUCAGCUAUAUUAUUAUUAUAAACUCAAAGAAGCUGCAGAGGUUGUUGUUUUUCCCUCCCAAUUUUAUUUUUAAACCAGCUUUCCAACUACCACUUCAAGUUCAAGAAGAUCUCUAUUACGUUUCCGCAAGCAUGCGUGGUCCUAUGUAUAUUUGUAAAUCUUUUAAAAAAUCAAGGCGCUCGGAGGGCAAAUAGCCGUGUUGUGUAGAGUAAUGAUGACAGUAACAAAUGUCUCCUUCAGCUAGGCGUCUCAAGCUUUCACCCCCCUCCCCUUGAUGGUGUUAAUCAAUGCAAUCUCAUUGCACACCCUUGUCACUUGUUGGUGCCAACGGGUCUUUCUUUCACUGAGCUCCGAUUACUCUUCAUGAUCAUCUUUUGGCCGUUGUUUUUCCAUAGUUGAUAAAAAAAUUAAUCAACAUUAUUCUUUAUAUAUCGAAAAAAUUAUUUAUCUCCCACAUUAGUCCCCUUUCUCCCACAUUGGUCCCAUUCUCCCACAUUAGUCCCCUUUCUCACAUAUGAGUCCGCUUUCUCCCAAAUUAGUCCCCUUUCUCCCAAAUUAUCUCCUCUCUCCCGUCACAAAUUAGUCCCCUUUCUCUAUGAUCAUAAACAAAGGUCGGGGGAACAUUCUUAGCUAUUACCCCAAAAUCUAUUUGUUUACGCCGUCGCUCUCCCAAUGAUAUGAAAAGGAAAAUAUCACACGACAGCAAAGUUAAAAAGGGUUUAUUGAAACAUUUUACGCGGAGGACACAGCAAUAAAUAUAUAAAGUAUAAAGGAAAUGCGAUAUUUAAGUCUGCUGAGAGCCCUCAUUACGCCCGAGAUCGUCAUUUUUUACCCACUUUGAGUAAUUUACCCCCGACCCCUGCAUUACUAAACACCCACUUUAGAAAAUAAAUCUCUGCGGUCUACUUACCUGCAUUUACCUGCCGAAUGUUCGAACUUUAAAUAGCUUUUUACUCAAUGCCCCUUGGCGUGUUUGCACUGAUGUUUGAUACAUCACAAUAGCAGGCUGCAGCAGGAAACAUCCGUGUACUUCAUGGAAUUGUUCAAGGAUGUAGUAAUGUUGUUCGUCCUGUGUUGCUCCAGAAACCAAUCUGGAACAAACGCGCCUGGAGAUGCGUGGCGUGUUCCGCUGUGUGUGAACAAGAGGUCGAGCUUCACGCGGCUUCUCCAGCGCACCGCGAGAGGUUGAUUGUUAACUUCUGAGAAAUGCAUCCUUGGUGUUAAACUAGGAAUAGGAUCAAGGAUGACAGAAGUUAGGAUCACCCUAGAUAAUGCAUGCCAUAAAAAAUAUGCAGGUAUUUCAGAUCAUUAAAUUGAUUAUCAUGCGUCAGAAAUACAUUUCUGCUAUACGGCACCCCUCUGAUUGUUACAUUAUCCUGGGGCAACUUAUGUCAAAUGAGCUUUUCCUUAAAAGUGGAUUGUCGCAAAAUCUACUUUUGAAAGGGGGGGGGGUGUUAAAUAUUGUAUUUGUAUAUUGCCAAAAAAAAGAAAUCUUUCACAUCUGACUUCUACUUCACGGUCUCCUAUUACCAGAACCCAGCCCUCCAUUAUAUUCUUUAGAUCAGGGGUGUCAAACUCAAUUGCUCGGCGGGCCAAAACUCAAAUCACAUGUAAGUUUGCGGGCCAAUUAACAUUAUUGUUAAAAACAUUUAAAUAAAUAAAAACUGAAAAUUUGUAAUAAUUAAAAUUCACCGCAUUUCCAUUUUCGUUCGUAUGCCAAAUUUGUCAGAGCUUGAUGUUUGGCACAUUUUCUUGGCUAAAAAAGAAAAUUAAGUUCGUUUAUGCUGGGAGUAACGUUCUGUGUCAUUGAGAUUCUCAUGAUGAACUGCAAGUCUUUAUCACAGAGAAUAGCAGCUCACACAUACAGAUACUGCCCAACAUGCUCAAGGUUCGAGCCGCAUGUAGACGAAGCUGGGGCAUCUCUUCAGGGAUGAAACGAUUGAACUGUGCAGGCCCAAAUGUUUCGUACUUGCCUUUAGUGCCCCAUUACAGGUUCCACGCCUAUGACAAACGGCUUACGAAACAGCUCGAAAUUACACUUCUGUGCUUCAAAGUCACUAAAGCGCCGUGCGAACUCGGCGCGAAGUAAGCUCAGUUUUUCAGCAAAGUGUGCAUUGGGAAACACCGUAGCGUUGACAUGGAUAUAAUUUAACGCCGGUCAAUACCUCGCGGGCCUGAUAUAAUUGUUCGGCGGGCCGGAUGUGGCCCGCGGGCCUUGAUUUUGACACACGUGCUUUAGAUUUUAUACCAUCUUCCUUUGUAGACAUGGAGAACUUGCUGUUUUUCCUUGUAGCACUAAUCUGGUCCGGUGGCGCUUAAAUAAACUAGUACCAGUAAAUAGUAUGAAUGAUCGCUACGGGAAACACCGGAACAAACAACCACAUACUGCUACCUACACCUACGGGUCUAUCCUACUUCCUGGAUUUUGGUAUGUGGCUCGAAAAAAAAAAAAGUCCACUUCUUGGAAAUACUUAGUUUUUUUAGAAAAAUCCGAUGUUCGCUAUUACGACGCGUGCUUCUAACCGGCUAUGACAUGGGCCUAGUGGAGAUUUUUUGGACCCCGGGGGGGGGGGGUGAUGUUACACAUGUGUGGCCUUUAAAGAUAUGCACAAAAUAAUGCUCCAAAAAAAUACCAAACAAAAAUAAAACCUCCUUUGAUUAAAGCUCUGUGUCAGUGGUUCUCAAAAAAAAAAAAAGUCCCCUUCUUGGAAAUUCUUUGUUUUUUUUGAAAAAUCCGAUGUUCGCCAUUACGACGCGUGCUUCUAACCGGCUAUGACAUGGGCCUAGUGGAGAUUUUUUGGACCCCGGGGGGGGGGGGUGAUGUUACACAUGUGUGGCAUUUAAAGAUAUGCACAAAAUAAUGCUCCAAGAAAAUACCAAACAUAAAUAACAGCUCCUUUGAUUAAUGCUCUGUGGCAGUGGUUCUCAACCUUCCUAAUGCCGCGACCCUUUAAUACAGUUCCUCACAAUGACCCACAACCAUAACAUUAUUUUCAUUGCCACUUCAUAAAUAUGUUUUUUCCGAUGGUCUGUGUAAGGGUCGCGACCCACAGGUUGAGAACCGCUGAUCUAUGGACAAGCCACUAGACGUGGGAUAGUGGUUUGAGGGGGUGGGUGUUAAAAGAUUUAUUAAGUCAACUAUUACCAAGAAAUAUUUCCUUAUGCUAUAAAUAUAAAUGUAUAGCAUUCUAUUUUAAGAAAUGAUUUUUCUAAAAUGCAAGUUAGCGAUCAACAGGUUGGGGGGGGGGGGGGGGGGAAUGGGUAAAGGGUUUUUUUUUUCUUGGGUUUUGUUUACGUGGGGAAAACGGGAAUAGAGUUUCAAUCGUGACAUUUCAUAUGUCGCCAAUUACAUUAUACUGGAAAAUUGAGUUUUAAAAUAUUUUCCUUUACAGGAAUUUAUUAUAUUUAAAAGCCCCUUUCCCAAUAAAUCGUACUUUACUUCUAUAUCAGUGGUUCUCAACCUUUCUAAAGCCGCGACCCUUUAAAAAUAUUCCUCAUGUUGUGGCGACCCCCAACCACAAAAUUGUUUUCGUUGACACUUUAUAACUGCAGAGUAUAUGUGUUUUCAGAUGGUCUUAGGCGACACCUGUGAAAGUGUCGUGCGACCCACAGGUUGCGAACCGCUGUUCUCUAUGAAUGUGGUUGUGACUUGAAAACGCUUGAGGACCUGUUAACAGAAGAGCUACUGGGUUUAGUAAUUCAGCGCAGUCAACUAGAUUGUACAGGUGUUGCCUUACGGCGAUCAUUUGUGACAGUCUCUCGCUAGCUGAAAUAUAUAUUUUAAACGAAAAAAUUGUAUUAUAAAAGUGUGAACCCGGGUUUGGCUUUUGUUUACUGAAAAUCGUGCGGGAUCCCGAGAGAGAAACUCUAGUGUGUGUGUGUGUGCCCUAGAGUGUGUGUGUACCCUAGUGUGUGGGUGUGUUUCCUAGUGUGUGUGUGUGUGUUUACCCUAGUGUGUGGGUGGGUGUACCCUAGUGUGUGGGUGUGUGUUUACCCUAGUGUGUGUACCCUAGUGUGUGGGUGUGUGUUUACCCUAGUGUGUGGGCGUGUUUACCCUAGAGUGUGUGGGUGUGUGUACCCUAGUGUGUGGGCGUGUGUACCCUAGUGUGUGUGGGUGAUAGCAUGGGAUAUAUUUUCAUGUGCAAUAAUCGGUAAUACUUGAGAUCUAUGCCCCUUGAAUGUAUAAUUAGGUUGAGAAUGAAGUGGGACGGUGAAAUCAGGUCCCUUUGAACGAAGAGGCACUUGUUAUAUUUUUUAAAGCGAUGCAAAAAUAAGCUGGGAAUUUUUUUAACUAAAUGUUGCAGAAGAAUAGAUAAAUUAAGAAAAGGAACUUUUGCCGUAUGAAUGUUUUCCGGUGGUUAAGGCAGAGGAGUGAACAGUACAUGUGACAUGUAGUUUUUUCGCAAUCUCUUUUUACAACGGUAUAGUAUAAGCAUUUGGUCUCAUAGAUACACAUUUCCGGGAAAAUGUUGAUGUAUUCGUCGUUGUCUAUAUUCUAUGACUUAGACUUAGGUAAAUUAACCGUUCUAGCUUACCAGGCCGUGCGUGCAGGAGUGGUAGGCGUACAAAUAUUACGGAACUGUGUGUGUUGUGAGAAUCAAAAGAGUUGUCUUAAACGAUCCUAAAGAAAUUGUUUUGCUUAUGUGAAAUGUGUGUAUAAAGCAGUUAAGGAACAAAUCAAUUGUCCACCGACCGCCCCCCCCCCCCCCCCUUUUCUAUGUGAACCUGACCACUGUCCCCUAUGAAUAUUUUGGGGCGCAUAUUGUUAACUGAGUCAUUGACCAGACGCGAGGGUGAUUGACGCAUGAAUCUCGGGGCGGGGGAUUAUGUGAAAUGUGUGUAUAAAGCAGUUAAGGAACAAAUCAAUUGCCCCCCGCCCGCCCCCCCCCCGCCCCCUUUUCUAUGUGAACCUGACCACUGUCGCCUAUGAAUAUUUUGGGGCGCAUAUUGUUAACUGAGUCAUUGACCAGACGCGAGUGUGAUUGACGCAUGAAUCUCGGGGUGGGGGGGGGGAGUUGUCUCGCCGCGCGAGGAAUCACACUGUGUCGGCGUGUGAGGGGCUCUGUAAGGGUGCACUCCCCCAAUUAAAAACGUUACAGUACUGAUGAUGGCCCUAACAGAAUACGUGAGGCAAGAAAAUGGAAAUGUUACUGCUUGAAGACCCUAAAUGUAAUAUAUUUCUGACCUUAAAGCCUAUAUGUUCAUACACUACUGACCUUAAAGCCUACCAUGUUCAUACACUACUGACCCUAAAGCCUACCAUGUUCAUACACUACUGACCUUAAAUCCUACUGUGUUUAUACACUACUGACCUUAAAGCCUACUAUGUCCAUACAUUACUGACCUUAAAGCCUACUAUGUGCCGACAUGUCUGCCCCUAAAGCAUAUGCACAUACACUGUUACCCUUAAAUGGCUUAAUGUCUACUAUGUGCAGGUUGUUUGUCAUAAAGCCUACCAUGUGCACACUUUUGACCUACAUGUACAGAUGCUAUUUAGCCACGUGUACGGGCACUGUUCACUUUGUCUACAGACUACAUUUACACUACAUUAGGGUCACCAAAUCAUGAACUGGAGAAUAAAAAAAACAGACACACACACAAGGAGGGUUGGGGUGGGGGGAUACCCUCCAGCUAAAGAAGGAUCCGGGGGGGCCCCCGCCGAAAACUUUCUAUUGAACUAUGUUAAAUUAACUAUUUUGGAACCUAGAAAUCUCUUUAAAUUACCUACGCUUUUUUAAUUUAAUAUAAAACGCUGAGGCAUAUCAUAAACGAAAACAAUAUUUUUACAGUGAAUAUUUAUUUAUUCAUAAAUAUUUUACAACAUAAUACAACACAGGAAAUUAAAUGAAGCCAUCACGUGAGCCCACAUCACUACUGGCACUCGCUGCACAUCUAGCCAAGAUAUUACUUGAAGCUAUAUUAUAAAUUAGGAACUCCUUUACGGUAGCGCCCAGCACAUGAGGCGCGCCGUAGAAAUCGUGUCCGGGGUCCUAAGAGAUUGAAUCUCGACCCUUUUGAGUAUUGAUCUUUAUUAGUGAUUUGAAAAUGUGUUUGGUUUUAGCAACGGGACGUUUCGGCGUCCCGAGAGACUUCUUCGGGACACCGGGUACGAUCGAACGGGACAAUCCCGUUUUUACGGGACGUUUGGUCAUCUUACUCUACAUGCCACUUGUGGCGCAUGCUACGAUCGUAUUAUGUUGUAAAAGUUACUAAAAGCCGGCAUGAUAGUACAGAAUAUAGACGGACACAUUGUUUUUCAUGUUUAUUCACUUAAAACCCCUUCCCGAAGUUUUCAGAUUGAUCCACCACUGCCUGCUGUUGUGUUACUAUAAAUAUCAUUGUCAUUGUAUAAUUGCUUUGGUGGCGGGGUGUCUGCUCAUUUUCCUUAGACCAUCGGCCUCACAAAUAGUAACAUUUUGUUUUUUUUUUUUUUUUUUUUUUUUUUUAAGUAAGAGAAUGCUUCUUUUCACCUGAUAAAUUUUAGACUCCUCCCUUAACCAGAAUACAUAUCAAUACUACAAUGCAAAAUAAAAAUUUGAAGGGAAAAAAACAACACUUGGAGCAGAAUACUUUUUUUAGCUGCAGAGCCGCCAACAUACAUUUGCUAGUCAGGAGAAGGGGGGGGGGUGUGGUGUAGGGGGUGGUAUCCCUUUCCACAACCGACAAAUAUUUAAAAAUUUGGUUGGAAAUUUUAGUUUAACAAAAUCAAUUUUUUUUUUUAUUUUACUCUAGUAAAAAUACUAUAAUUUAUAAUUACAGACCACCCCCCAAAGAUUUGGUGAAGCUGUUUGUAUGAUGCGUGGCAUUGAUUAUUUUAUUUUAGGCAAAAAGACUAAUCCUGUAUUAAUAAUAAUAGAUAUUAACUAACACUUCAUUUGUCAAUAAAAUAUGUGCAUUAUGUAACAGUGACAGAACAGUUGUGUUAUAUACUUUCUUUCCGCCACGUUAUUUAAUAUAUUGGACUUUAUACUUCUUAUCAAUGAGUCCUAAAAGCCUGUUAUUCAGCUCUAAGAAAUGUACUUUUCUGAAAAAUGCACUGUUCUGAAAAGCUGGUUUCCAAAUUGACAAUCAUUCUUUUUAUUUACUUUUACUUUUUUUCCAAAUAAUGUAUGACUUAAUAAUAAUGUCUUAGCUUAAUUUGUUAUGAUAAAAAUCUUUUUACAUAAUGGAAUGUCAGCAUUAUUUAAAUUUAAAUCCUUCUUUAUUGCAAGGAGUUAAAUUAACAACAUUUCAUAAUGAAAUCAAAGCUAUUACUCCUUAAAAACUGAUUAUUAUUUUUUUACAGGUGGUAAAACAAUUUUUUUUAAAUAAUUAUGGAUUAGAAAAUAACUAAAUCAAUUAUAAUAAUAAUUGUUUAAUUUCUUUGUUUCAGGAAAGAAAUUUGUGGGGAAAGGAAUAAAUAUUCCAGUUGAUAAAGACCCGGAAACCAAAGCCUUAACUCAGUAAUAAUUGUUUUAUGCCACUAAGUUUAUAUUAGAAGUAUAAUUUGGAUGUAAAUAAUAAAUGAGUGCACAUUUUGCCACAAAGAUACUUCCUAAAAAUUCAUAACAUCACUAUAAAAAAAAACCUGCAUACAUUAUAUUCUGCAAAAUGCUGGUUUAUGUUAAAUUAAUUUGUUAGUGCAUAUUUUCUAAAAGUUAUAUUGUCCAAUCCAAGAUGAUACACUUCUAAAAUAAAUGUUUGUGUUCAGAAAUGAUUUUAUAACAAAUAUAAAUAGAGAAAUCUGAGCACUAAGAUUGCUAGUUCUGACUUAUGAGGGAAAAUUAAAAAUAAUAAAAGGGCAUUUAUAUUUUUGUAGACCACCCAGGCCUGAUCUAGACUCGAAAGCAACCUUGACUAUCAAUGGCCAGAAGUUUGAGUGUGACGCUAGUGACCUUGUUCAUAGAAGGUUCCUUGGAAGGGGUGCAUACGGUGUUGUGGAAGAAAUGAUACACACAAGAAGCAGUACUGUUUUGGCUGUUAAGGUAUGCUUUAUUUUUAAAUAUUUUAAAAGACACCAUUUGUUAAUUUAAUUUUUUAAAAUAUUAUUUUAUGUUCAAUACUUUUUUAAAGUGGAUACUUAAGAAUUAUUUGACAUAUUGCGUUGUAUAAUAUAUCAGAUUGAAACUUACAUGCUAAAGGAAUGAGUUUUACAUUUGUUUCCCUUGUAGUAAACAAAAUUUCUGAUUUCUAGAGCAAAUAAAAAAGACUGAAAUAUUUGGAUUAAAUAGCUAUUACUGUAAAUGUUUCAUUAAUGUAAUUAAACAUACUUCUUAGCGAAUAAAUGCUACCGUCAAUAAUCAAGAACAAAAACGUCUGCUCAUGGAUCUAGACAUCAACAUGAGAAGUGGUUCUUGUGAAUACACAGUUGAGUUUUAUGGUGCACUUUUCAGAGAGGUAAAAUUUUAUUAAAAUUAACCAUUCCUUUUUUUCAUAAAUAAAUCAUGUAUACUUUUAAAGAUUUUUAUCAGUACAAAAUGUUCACUAUCCUAUUUUUACAUUAUUUACAUGUUAUUUGAGUUUGGACUGAUUCAAAUUAAGGUGCUUGAAAAAUUAAUAAGGCUAACAAAAAAUGGCAAAUAAUUCCUUAACCGCUAGCUAGAUAACUUUGAUUGUGGUGUAAACAAAUAUUUGUGUCAUUCUUGGAUCUAAAAUAAAAAGCAUGCAAAAGCUUUUUUUUAAGUUAUGGAACAAUUGACAUUUAAUAAAUUAAACUUUAAAAAAAAAAAAAUUAUAUUAAAAAUACGAUCUGCUUAAUUUAAGUUUUAUGUUGUUUUUUUUUUAUUCUUAGGGAAUAAAAAAAAAAAAAAAAUUAUAUUAAAAAUACGAUCUGCUUAAUUUAAGUUUUAUGUUGUUUUUUUUUUUUAUUCUUAGGGAGAUGUAUGGAUCUGUAUGGAAGUAAUGGAAGCAUCUCUUGAUCAGUUCUACAAAAAAUUAAAAACACACCAUGAAAAAAUUCCAGAGAAUGUUAUGGGUCAGAUAGCCAAAUCUGUAAGUUAUUUCAUAAAAUAUGUCUCUUCUUCUUCUUAUGCCUUUUUACCCCAUCUGGAGCAUAGGCGGUCCACAAGAAUUUUCCAUUCACCACGGUCCUGUGCUUUUCUUUCCAACUGCUUCCAGGUGUACCCCAUAUUUUGCGUGUCUGCCUCUAGCUCCCGUCUCCAUCUUUUUUUGGCCUUCCUCUCUUUCUUUUUUCCUGUGGAUUCCAUGUUAGAGACUGUUAUCUGGGGGUUUUCGGAGAGUAUGCCCUACUCACCUCCAUCUUUUCUUUAUGAUGUCUUCAUCAAUGGGCACCUGGUAGGUCCUUUCUAGUAGAUCUUUGUUGGUGAUGGUAUUUCGUCAGGAUCUUUCUAAGGCAUGUGUUUAUGAAGGUCUGAACUUUCUGCGUAAUGCUCGCUGUUGUUUUACAUGAUUUUGCUCCAUAUAGUAGGAAUGUUUUGACAUUUGUGUUAAAGAUUGUGACUUUGGUUUGCAGCUUCAGCUCCUUCGACUCCCAUAUUUUCUUUAAUAGCAAAAAUGCUGAUAUAGCUUUUCCAAUUCUAGCCCUCACAUCCGUGUCGAAUCCGCCAUUUAUGUCGAUGGUUCUGCCAAAGUAUACUGAGUUUGAGCUGUGCUAAAAUGGUGGCUACUUCUUUUAUCUUUUCCUGCAUUUGUUUCUGGUUGUGGGACAGAAGUGCAAUGUUAUAUGCAAAGUCUAGGUCAUUAAGUUGUUCCCAGAGUUUCCACUGUAUCCCAUUCCUCUUUUUGUCUGUGGAUUGUUUCAUUAUCUAGUCAAUGGGGAGGAUGAAUAGGAAGGGGGACAAGGAUGUCUCUUGUCCCCCCUUCCUUAAAAUAUGUGGCAUCAUAAAAUUACAAGAUUACAGACCUGUUUACUCUUACGAUUUUGGCGUACAAUGUACGAUUUUGAGGUGUAAAUAUAUAUAUUGUAUGCUUAUUUUUUACUCUAAAUAUAAGGUAUUGAACGAUUUUGUGAUGAUAUUGUACGAUUUUAAGUGUUUGAGGGUAAACAGGUCUGAGAUUACAAACCAAAGUCACCUUAAAGCAGAGUGCAAAAUUUGGUCAAAAGUUUUGUUCUCAUUUUGCCACUUCCAUGAUAGGCUGUGCUUAGAGAGUAUCAGGUGGGAAAAGUGGGGUGGUCAGCUAAUGAGCUGAUCAUAGGAGAUUUUAAAAGUUUUCUCCAGUGACAUUGAAUAAAGCAAAUUUUAUUGUUGAUUACAGAGACAAAGUCCUGGUUUACAGCACACUCUACACGAUUUAAAGAAGGCAUAACCAGAAGCUUUAAAAAUCAUUAAAUAUUUGCACUUAACUUAAUUAAUUAUUUCAUUUAUCUUCAUGAAAUAAAAUAAAGUUUUAAUGUCAUGUUUUACCAAACAAAUAAUUUACAAAAAUAAUUUAAAUCCUGCACUAUUGUUUCCCGCUUAAAAUAAGAAAAAAUACCUGAAGUAGAUGGUACUUCUGUUCAGUGGUUUAAGCAGCAGCAUAAUCACAUCUAGAUAUUCUUUGUUACUGUAUUGCUUACGCUGACAUAUUAUUUUAUGGAGUUGGCUAAUGAGCGGGCUAUACACUAUUCAAGUUUUUCCCGGCCAAAACUGGGGAGUCAGCUUAUGAACAAACAUGCUUUAGAACAAGUAUCUACUAUAUUUUUUUUUCCACACCUAUGUUAAUUUGUAGCAUUAAAGAACAUCUUAAAGGAACAUGAUUUAAUUCCUCUAAAAUAAAUAAAACAUAAAUAGUCCUACUAUAAUGAAUUUUGAGAGAAUCUGAAGUAUUUACUUUUAUUUUUACCAUUUUUAUCAGAUAUAAAUUCAAACUGUUUAUGCAUCUUCUUAGCUGAAGACAGAUGCAAAAUGAAGUUCAGUUUAAAAUUAUAAAUAGCAUUUGUUUUAAUUUGAAUGUAUCCAUUACAUUAAAGUGAUUUCUUUCUUUCAAAAUAUUUUUUGUCAAGGUUGUCCAAGCCCUGCAUUAUCUUCAUACAGAGCUUCAUGUGAUUCACCGUGAUGUCAAACCUUCCAACAUACUCAUCAACAAAGCUGGUGCUGUCAAAAUCUGUGACUUUGGCAUCAGUGGCUACUUAGUGGACUCUAUAGCACGGACUAAAGAUGCAGGAUGCAGACCUUAUAUGGCUGUAAGAAUUGUAUUGUAUGCAAGUACAUGCAUUUUAAAUUAAGGUUGUCCGCAUUUGCAUCAUGCAAGUUUUAAUUGCUCCAUCACCACUAUUUUAUCUUUAAAGUCCAGAUAAUGCUGAUGUAAAAAAAUCCCUGAGAUCAUCUCAGAUAUGUUCAAUUGUUUUCUUUAAUUUUUUCAUAAUGGAAGAAACAACUGAAAAAUUAAAAUUGUUUUUUGUCACGCAUUAAAAAUUUAAAUAAUAUGGAUUAACAUGGCCAACAUUAGAAAUGGUUCAAUACACAUAUGAGAAAAGACAUUAUGAGGUAGAUUCAUCUACUUUGACUUACCUUGGAAGCAUUUUUAAAGAUGUUUUAAAGACAAAGAAGACAUUUUAGAAAGUGAGGGCAGUAUUCAGCACACUGAAUAAGAAGUGUUAUUGAUGAUGAGUCCAUAUGACUGUUUUUCUCACAUCAAAUUUAUUCACAUAUUCUUGCAUUGUAAUCUUAUUAAAAAACUGAGCACAAGUCCUAUUCAAGAACAACGUAAACUUUAAUCUAUCAUAUGGUUGUACAAUAAUUCAAACACAUAGUACAGCUUGCGAGAGCAAUACAAUGCAACCUUCUCAUUCAAUGCUGAAACAGCAACUGCCAAACGAAUAGCAUGUACUCAAAUACAGUCUAGACCACUACAUCACAGAUACACAAAAUCAUAUCAUCAAAAUACUUCACAAGCCUCAUGGCUCCAAGAACUUCAUCAACAAAACUAACACUCAAGACACACCACGCACAAGAAGAUACAAAAUUCAGUGCCCAACAAUUACAAGUCAAUAUCCAUGAUUGACAGUUGACCUAACUGAUUUUUACCACAAUUGCAUUCCACUGAUCUAAAAUUAAAUUGUUUACAACCUUAAAACAGCCUUUUUUAAUGCAAUGCUGCUUAACAUUUUGACUGAAUUAUAAACCCCAGUUAUAAUCCAUUCCAUUUGGAUUGCAUAAAAGUACUACUCUACAGUCAAAAUUAUGCACUUUUUUCUUUUCUUUAAAAACUUGGAAACAAAAUGACAAUUCAAAUGCAAUACUGAUAAAUUUUCAGGGAGUGGAUGGCAAUUUCUUCAAGUUACAUUUAUUUUAUGUUUCAAAUGGAUCUCAAUGGUGCUAGGACUGUGUUAUACUAUGAUAUAUUUUCAUUGCAGCCGGAGAGGAUAAACCCUGAUAAUAGUGGAAAUGGAUAUGACAUUAAAUCAGAUGUUUGGAGCCUAGGAAUAACAAUGGUAAUAUUAUUUUUACAGUGAUUCUAACAUUUCUUAAACCAGUGUAAUUUAAGGGGAUGGUUAUAAUUGAAUCCAAUUUUAGGAUGUCCCACUAAAUACUUGAGCAUUUCUUUAACUAUCCAUUACCUAACAUUCUAACAUAUGAAACAUGAAUUAUGUGUUCUAUCCCUGACUAAAAUACCAGUACACUUCUUAAUAACAUAUUUGAUGUAACAUUCUGACUAAAUACUAAGGGGAUAAAUAAAAACUGUUACAUGUUUUUGGAGGAAUGAUAAAAUAUAUUAAUUUUAUUAAAGAUUAUUUUUAUGUAAUGUCUUAUUUAGUACAAAUAUUUUAAUAUUAUAUAAUAAUAUUAGUAUGGCUUAGUGAUUUAAUUAAAUCAAAAUGUAUGAUUAGUUGCAAUAAUUUUGUUUCAAACUUUUAGAUGGAACUGGCCACAGGAGAGUUUCCUUACUCCAAAUGGGAUUCUCCCUUUCAGCAAAUAAAACAAGUUGUUAUGGAAGCAUCACCCAAACUUCCAGCUGAUCAGUUUUCUCCAGAAUUUUGUGACUUCAUUGAGAAGUGGUAUGCAUUUUUGAACAAUUUAGACAACUAACUUAAGGAUGUUAUGUUUACUUAAAUAUUUAAAAUACAAAAAAAUUGCUGAAAACUUGCUUUUCUUUCAAAAGUAAAUUAUUGGUGAUUUUUUAAAAAUCUUGUGUUGUUUAGUUAACCCACUCAUAUUCAGGGCCUUUUUAAAUGCCCGCAGCGUCCCACUUGUCUGUCUACCUACCACCUUCCACUGCUAUAUUAUAACUUAAAUUUCAUUUACACAAAUGCUGGCGUUUAAUGCUUUUCUCACAAGAACUUUUCUCUUGAAGAAUUCCAAAUAAAUCUUAAUCUUUCCCAUAUCUAAUUUACAAGAACAUGGCUUUCCAUUGUCUAGAUAAGAUUAUAAGCAAUCUUAGAAGAUGAAACUAUCAAUGAGGUUGAUAUACAAAUCUAUUGAAUUGAUAGAGAGUGAUGGUGAUCAUCCUAUUUGAAAAAAAAAUAUAUACAAAUUAUUACUAGUUAAUGAAAUAGCAGUACGAGGUAUGUUGAAGCUUGAAUCAAUUGACAGGACAAUAAGAUUUGAACGUUUUGGCAUAGAGCCUUCUUCAGCCCACAGGACAAAUGAAAAUACCACAAGAAACAGAGCACAACUCCAGAAAUAUCCAUUUUUAUUGCCGGUAGUAAGAUUACAGGAAGUGAGAGACUAUAAAUAUUGACACUGAGAAAAAUAAGAUUGAGAAUUAUAAUGGACCAAAAUAUCCAGGGAUUCAUAAAAUCAAAGCAAUAAAAAAAAAAUGGUAGAAAUACAGAGAAUAUGAUUAAUACCAUUAUAGAGAUAUGGUGCCGAACAGCUGAAUAAAUUUAAUUUCCAUUUUAACCCUCUCUGGUGUGUUAGUGCAGGAAAUCAGUGCCGUAAUGGGUACAUCUAAUGCACCUUUAUUUUCAUCUCUGUUGAAAUGUGAAGAGACUGAGGAAAGUUAACCUUGUUCAAUAUCCCGGAGUUGUUCGGUGAACCUAUCAGCCAAUUUUCUCCCAGUUUUACCUAUGUAACUAGAUUGGCACCUUUAAGGAGGCUAAUGCUUUUAGUGUGGAGUGUAAAGGGACAAGUCCUACAGCAGUUUCUUAAGCUGGUUUAGUACCAAAGUAACACGGGUCAGAUCGAAAGUGACUGUGAACCAUAAGGUCACCUAGAUUUUUGUCCCGUCUAAAGACAAUCAGGGGAGGGGAUGAGAAUACCCUAGUACAUUAAAAGAAAUUUAAUUAAAAUUGCAUUGAAUCAAUAUUCAACUUCCGAUAGUGUAAUCAUGAAGGCUGUUUUUAUGUGACCUUAUAUUUAUGGGUAUACUUUAAUUUCAUAAAUAUUUUCAUACCACUUUUUAUUCUUUUUUUAAUAAGCAUUUUUUUUAAAUGACUGUUUGCUUCGGCAUAUGAGUGUAUUAACAUCAAAAGAAGGUCAGGCAAGAUUGGGUUUAUUAGUUUCUUUUUCUCUUUGAAAAGUUUGCUUAAUUAUUUUUCACAUUUUUGUCCUCAGUUUGAAUAAAAAUUACAAAGAACGUUUAAAUUACACUCAGCUUCUUGAGCACCCCUUCAUAAAAAAGGCUGAAGAAGAGAAAGUAGACAUGGCAGGAUAUGUGAAUCAAGUUAUAGAAAAGUAUGGUAAUCUCAAUGAAAGUGCCACUUGAGGUUUGUUUAGGAGUUAGGAAAUAUAAUGUGCUGAUUGAAAAGUGUGUUUGACAUAGACAUAGGCAUGAAUUUCUUUUGCAUCAGAAAAAUUUAAGAAAUGAGGUGUUUUUUUUCUUUCUUUCUAGCUGUUAUUCAUUUUAAAAAAUAAUGCCUUUCAACUGACUCUUCCCCCACUGAUGCACCAUGUUUGGUUUCCUUGUUGAAGUGGUAUAACUGCUAAAACAAAAAUCUGAUGACCUAAAUAUCAUGAAGGGUGAAAGUUGUAUACAUAUUGUACAAAAUACAUAAUAACCUAUUAAAAAUUUAUUUUAACUUGAAAUGUAAUUUAUGUUUUAAAAGUAAGAUUUUUAGAACUCUCACAUGUACACAUUAACAUACACUGAUGUUUUUAAACAUUUUAAAUAUUUUCUCAACUUUUAUACAUAGAUGGAUUUUUAAUUUAAGAGAAAUGAUUAUUUUUUUGUUUAAAAAUGAGUUUUAAAUUAGUGGUUUAAUUGAAAUUAGGGUCAUUAACCUACCUGUUACCUGGGGGUUUUCUGGGUUUUUUAUGUGUAUUUUAAAAAUAAUUUGAAUCUAAAGUUUUCCAUCAACCUCAGAUUCCAAUACUAGAAGCAAUUAAAUUGUUAUAUAUGUGCGCAUGGUUCAUUGGUUUAAAAAUGAAUUUUAACGUGAUCAAAUUUGAAAAUAAAUAUGUAUAUAAUUAAAUUAAUCUAUAUGUGUGUGCAUGUGUGUACAUAUAAAAUAUGUGACAUUUUUUAAUUAUAAUUACCAAAAAAUUGUUAUAACUUGUUAUGCAUGCUUAAUCUACUAUUUAUAUGAUAUGUGUAUGAAUGAAGACAAAUUAGAGGUAAAAACUGUAUUCUUUUUUUAAAACUCUCAUUUGUGAUUGACAAUUCAUCUUAAAGUAAACAGCUGUGCCUUAAACUAAAGGCUUAUUAAUUUUUUAAUUAGAGAUCAAUUUGGCCAAAAAAAAUGGAAUACCGGUACGUUAACAUUUAAUACUGUUACAGAUAAGAAGCUGAAGAGAUGUUUAUAGUUCCUAAAAAAUGCUUGUUGGUUAAGCUAUGCAAAUUAUGAAAAGCUCUCUUUGAAUACAAGUACUUGAAUUGCAAUAAAAAUAAAAUUUGAUGACUAUUACUAUUAGGUUUACAAAGUGUCAGGCUACAUGUACUACCCUUUUUUUUUAAAAAAAUUAUCAACUACCCUUUUUUAAAAAAAAAGUAUCUUUCCUUUAAUUUUUAUACAGGAAGAAUCAAUUGUAGAUCCAUACACAUCUCUCCCAUUAAGUUUUUAAACUUUUAUUUGAAUUUUAAUUAAUUUACAUAGCCAUUGGUUUAUCUCUUCAUCUUUUUAGAAUUUAUUCUAUUUAAUUAAGGAAUAUUGCAUUUCCAAACCACUUAAUACAAUCAAUUUUCUUUUUAAGUUAUGAUUUAAAAACUAGGUUAAUUUAAUGGUACAGUAAUGUUAUAUUAAUUUAAUAUUUGAGCACCAAAUUUUUGUAUUCGCAUCUUUUCUUAAUUGAUGAACUUUUAAUGCUUGCAAUAGAAUUCUCUUUUAUUAGCUUUAAGAUUUAAAACAAAUAUAUCUCCAUGGCGAUGAGUCCUUAAUAUUAUUAUCAUUUUUUUAUGUUUAAUCACAAUAAUCUUCAUUCUUGGUUGAACUUCUUAAUCCUAGAUCAUGCUUGACACUCAUUAUUCCUCUUUUGACUGUGGUAUCCAAACAUUGGCGCUGCAAUAGUUAGUUUUGGAAAAGGGAAUUUUUUGUUUAUUACACACAUUUUCAUAUCAGCAUAAGUUUUCUUUCAGCACUUGUGAUGAAGUUUGUUGUAAAGUUUAUUCACCUAUCACAUGACUAAGAAAUUUUUGUUUCAUCAAGCAAAUGUCAGGAUAUUUAUUAUUGUUAAUCUGUUUUGGAUGGAUCUUCUGGCAUUCAGUGUGUAAUGGUCUAAAAAAAAACUUUAGCUACAGCACUUUUCUCCAAAUGCCAAUAAAUGUAACAUUGUAUUCAUAUCUUCUUCAUUCAUACUGUUUGACACUGGAAGUUCACACUAUGAUGAUGUCAUCUACUAAAUUGAAUGAACACUAAGAACUCUAAGAAAAUACAGCACACGACAACACCAGAACUAACCAUUCGAGAGUUCUCAACACACUCUACUCUCACUAACCACAACUCUAAUGUUCAUACACCAGAUAAUACACAUGACAUGUUUAUUAUUUCUCUUUUCUACCACUGACAUUCAGAUGCAAAAAUACCUCUUGACUCCCAACUCGCAAUGUAAAAGCAUUUACCCUAAACACAUUGAUUCAGAUACCUUGACAGUACCAUAAUUGAAAUCAUUUUUUUUUUAUUUUUGUAAUUUUCCAAAUUUAUCAAAGAAAAUUAUCAAACAUAUAGUUCAGUGCUUCUCAAAGUAGUGGUCCAAAGAAGGGGAAAAUGCUCAAAGCUUGAAAAAUAAAAAUCAAAUUAAUUUUGACACUGGUCCCUGCUGCUAUGUAGAUAAUUUAUGUUGUCUGUCAAUCUUGAAAGUUUGAGUAGCACUGGUUUAGUUUACCUUGACUUUGCUUUUAUUUCAUUAUCUCAAUCAAACUGUAUACAUUAGAUAGUAAUAAUCUGUGUGUGAAUCUGGAUGUAUAGUAUUGUCACAACUGUGCUUUAGCAAAAGCAAAAUGUUCGUUGACAGGUUGAUCAACACCUAUUAGAUUUCAUUAUUGUGAAAGUAUUCAUUAAAUUUGUUUGUAAUUUUGCAAGGAUAUAACCACUAUAUAUAAUUUAUUUACAUUAUCUCUGCCAAUUUUACUUGAAAUUAUUAAUUUUUUUUUUGUAGUCUUGAUAAUGUUACAUUCACUUACAAUGAGGAAGCAAGUGAGGCUUAAAACACAACAGAAAAGUGUUUAUAAUAUACAAAUGGACAUAUUAAACAGUAUUUUAUAAUACUUCAGACAUCAUAAUACAUUCAAUUUACUUUUAUUUUAGAGCCAAUUUCACAACUCUAGCAUUAACUAACUAAAUUAUUUCAUGUCUUAGAAUUGUUACAACACUGUGAUAAACAUAGUUUAUGGUUAUCAGUUACUUGUGUAGAAAUUAUUCACUUUUUAUCUCAGAAAUGUUAGCUCAAUGGCAUAGUUUUUAAUUUAGUAAUUAUCUACAUAAUUUGUCCUAUUUGGAGCUUCAGAAUAAAAAUAGUCCAAAUAGUAGCAUAAAAAAGCACAUUUUACAGUUAUGCUUUAGGAAAUCUGUACAACGCUCUUCUUUAAUUUACUCGCUAAACUAAGUUAGCGAAGGUUCAAUUUUUCAUCUCUUUCCAAUUGUGGGGGGAAAAGCAUUUUUUUUUAACACAUCGAAAAUGUUCAAUGUGAUUAAAAUAAUUAUUUUUUUUAAAUCAGUCAACAUGAUGGAAUAGAAAUGCAUGUCUUAUCAGCAUUGCGGAUCUAUGAUCACCAGAUUAGCUUUUUAAAAUCCAAUGGGUCAUCAGGACUGCUUUCAAAAGACAAAGCCUAAGUAUGUUGAAAUCUAUCUUUAUUGAUUAGGAUUAUACCCCUUUGUCUUUAAGACUUGUCUUAAUAUUUUUACACUUUCUUUAAUUUAACAAUCCUAACAGUUGUGUGAAUGAGUUUACUAUUUAAGCAAUAUUAUAUUAAUGAAAGCUGGUUCGGCGAGAUGGAUACCAAAUUAAGUACAUUAUUGCUUAACAAUAUUCUUAUGCAAGAGAAUUUUAUUUCAUUAUCAAUAAAUUGUUCUGUAGUUGCUUUUUGUUUUAAAUUGAAUAUGCAUCUCUUAUGUGGUUUAUUUUUUAUUUUUAAGAGUACCCUAUAAUUUAAUGAGCAACAAAGAAAUAUCAGUAGUAGGUGGUGGUGUUUUAUAGGCAAUUAUUACCUUGACAUUAAAACAUAUGUAUGAGGUCUACCACUCUGUGGGCAUCAAAGACUGUACCGCAGUUUCCAGAUAGACCACUUUCAAAGUUGGAAUUGAGCUAAUAUAAAUCUUGACAACUCCGUUCCUUACAACACAAUAAAGAUGGCAACCAGUUUUGUAAAGAUUCCUGCUUUUAAAAAAAAAAUUAGAACAAUGAAAUGACAAGGAUUUUUAUUUGAUUACAAGUAUUUUUGCAGUACCUAACAUUGUAUAUCAACAAUGCGCAUGUGCAAAUCAUUUGUGUAAUUCAUACCUCAUCAGAAAAAAAAGUAACUUAAAUGCUGUGUAAUGUUGUGUGCUAGAAUGCUUUGAAUGGUUUGUAUAUGUGAGGACAAAGAUUGGGAUAAGUAUCUAUUGUACAUACAAUAAACUUUAAAA